AUGGAGGAUUCACAGGAAAUACGUCAGGCGCAAGAGAUAAAUCACAAAGCACCAGCAAUUCCGGCAGCCCCAUCAGAACCUCUUAUCCUCGAAGAUUUGAAAGCCCCAGAAUUCAUCGCUUUCCCGCCGGCCCCGAAGCAAAAAAUGGCCAGUCCGUACAACCUAAGCGUCUACUACGAAUAUCAAACCGACAAAGCGAUGAUCCUCCAGGAGAGAUUGGCCCCGAUCUACGAUGACUUCGUCCAGACUUACCCUUCACCUGAAAAGUGGAUAAAGUACUCUGAGUUUUACGAAUCCCUCGGCUUCACAUAUUCCGCGCGAUCAAUCUUGAGGAGGGCAGCACAAUACUACCGGGAUCGGGGGAUUCCCCGGAUACUGUCAGACGCCACCGAUAAAUUUUACAAGAGACAGGCUGAGUUCGUUCGUAUUUAUACGAACUAUACAGCCUUUCAGACACCCUUCGCAAAACCUCGAGAUCGUUCUGAGGUCGAAGACGCUGCCUUCUGGAGAAUCAAGUUCGACUAUGCGUGGACAAUUUAUUAUUCCCCCCGAGAGUACCAUCUUUGGAUCAGGUACAUUGAUCUCCUGAAGUUUGAGGAUUUGUACAGCUAUGAAGACAUCAAAGAAAUAUACCAGAUGGGCCUUUCCAAGGAACCAUUGCAGCGGUUUAAGCGUUACUGGGUGGAUUACGUACAGUUGGGGAUCAAGUACGCUCGGUCUGAGGAGGAAGCCGGUGACAUUGAGUCUUGCAGGGAAAUCUACAAAAAUGGUCUAGAUUCCAUCCCCCAUCCUCAAUUCACGUUUUGUGAACUCUGGCUGGUGUAUGUGCAGCUGGAGAUUGGGCAGGGGAAUCUGGAAUUAGCGAGGGAUUUCCUGAGGAAGGCCCUUAAAGUUUGUCCGAAGGAGAGAAUUCAUAGACCUGGGAUUCCGAGGCAUGUUCAGCUCGUGGAGUUGAACAGCUGUAAGGAAUUGUUCGAGAAAUAUUUAGAGCUUGAACCUGAGGAUUGCUCCGUGCAGAGGAAGUACGAAAAGUGGAAGACUGCGGUCGGUGAUUUUGAAGAAAAUGUGGCUCGAAUGAAGCCAGUUCCGCACAAAUAG